ACGACAAGAGAGAGCGAUUUGAUCCUCCUCCUUCAGUCAUUUUCUCCGGCGGCCGACCUUGAAGCCUUUUGUUGCUGCUCCAUCUAUCAUCGACAUCGCUAGUACCGCAAUCUCGUAGUCUUCUUCUGCGGCGAGAUUUGAAUUGUCCGGUUUCCUGAGAUUCGACUAGCGGCGACUUCUCCUCUUGCCAGAGAUUUCGACGACCUUGAACUCCGGCG